CCUCAUGUUUCCGGUUUAUAAAAAAUCAACAAGAUGAAACCUAUAUUGUUACAAGGACAUGAACGUUCCAUUACUCAAGUUAAAUACAAUCGCGAGGGAGAUUUGAUAUUCUCCAGUUCAAAAGAUAACAUACCCAAUGUCUGGUACUCGUUAAAUGGUGAACGUCUAGGAAGUUAUAACGGCCACAAUGGAGCUGUGUGGAGCUUAGAUGUCAACUGGGACACAACUAAAGUUUUAACAGGUUCAGCAGAUAAUACUUGUAAAUUAUGGGAUUGUGAAACAGGUAAAAAUAUAUAUAGUAUUGAAACAAGAACUGGUGUGAGAACAUGUAGUUUUUCAUUCAGUGGUCGAAUAUUAGCUGUUUCUACAGAUAAAACUAUGGGUUUACCAUGUGAACUACAGUUUUAUGAUGCAUUAGACCCACAGCAACUUAGACAAAGUAAACCAUUUCUGUCUAUCCCAGUAGAGGGAUCUAAAAUCACAACAGCGUUAUGGGGUCCGUUCGAGGAGUAUAUGAUAACAGGACAUGAAACAGGAGAAAUGAGACAGUACGACACAAAGACUGGAGAACAAGUGUUAGAAAUUAAAGAACACAGUAAACAGAUAAAUGAUCUUCAAGGUUCUAAAGAUUUAACCAUGAUAGUCUCAGCAUCUAAAGACAGCACAGCUAAAUUAUUUGAUACGAGUACUCUAGAUCAUUUAAAAACAUAUAAAACAGAACGUAACGUCAACUCAGCCUCUAUUUCACCUAUCAGAGAUCAUGUUGUGUUAGGGGGAGGACAAGAAGCUAUGGAAGUAACCACAACUUCAACCAGAAUUGGUAAAUUUGAUGCUCGAUUCUUUUCAUUAGUGUUUGAGGAGGAAUUUGCUAGGGUUAAAGGUCAUUUUGGACCAAUCAAUACUGUUGUUUUUCAUCCUGAUGGAAAAAGUUACGCCAGUGGAGCAGAAGAUGGGUUUAUUAGAGUUCACUAUUUUGAUCCGAAUUAUUUUGAUUUUGAUUUUGAGAUUUAAUCAAACGUAAAUUAUCGUAUAAAUAUUACCUAUGUCCUCUGAUUAUUAUCUUCAUUAUAAUAAACCAUUUAAAAGGAAGUCUCUGUUACUGAUUUUUUUAUACUUACCAGUAGUAAACAUAGGUUGUUCUUUCAAGUGUUCAAGUUUGGUCAGUCAUAACUAGAAGAUAACUUUUCAAAUGAAAAUUAUAUUACACUUUUCAUUUUAUUGAAACAAGAAUAAUUU